CAAUGUUCUUACUGAAUACAAUCUUCAAGUUGAAAAUUUGCGUGGUCAAGGAUAUGAUGGUGCUAGCAACAUGCGUGGUGAGUGGAAUGGAUUGCAAGCACUAUUUUUGCAAAAGUGUCCAUAUGCAUAUUAUGUACAUUGUUUUGCUCAUCGCCUACAACUAGCUUUGAAUGCUGCAGCUAAAGAUGUGGGUGUUAUCUAUUUAUUCUUUCAAAUGCUGACUAGUAUCAUCAAUGUUGACUCAUCUGCUAAGCGUGUUUCUGAGUUAAAAUCUAUCCAAGAAGUUGAAGUUGUAGAACAAAUUGCUGCUGGGGAACUUGAGACUGGAAAGGGAGCUAAUCAAACAUGCAAUUUGCAAAGAGCUGGAGCUACUCGGUGGAGUUCAAGGUAUUAUUCUAUCAAGAACUUGAUGAAAUUGUAUAACUCAACUAGUUCAGUUUUGAAAAACAUGAUUGAUAAUGGACUCAAUGGAAAAAUACGUGGAGAGGCUUUGGGUGCUUCUAAAGCUCUAAGAUCAUUUGACUUUGUGUUUUGCUUAUUGUUGUUGGAGAAAACUAUGGGAAUCACAAAUGCUCUUUGUAAGUCAUUGCAAGAACAGUCUCAAGAGAUCAUAAAUGCUAUGAAUCUAGUUUAUAGUACGAAGGGUCGUCUUAAAAAGUUGAGAGAAAAUGGUUGGGUUGAUUUCUUUGCUAGUGUUGUAUCGUUUUGUGACGCACAUACAAUUGAGGCUCCAGAUUUUAGUGCUCGCCAUAUGGAAGCUACAACAGAGAGAGCAUUUUCAGCCAUGAAGCUCAUUAAGAACCGACUUCGAAGCAAGAUGAGUGAUGACUUUCUUGCAGAUUUAAUGACAGUGCAUAUUGAGAGAGAAAUUGUUGAUACUAUUGAUUCAAAUUCGGUUAUUGAUGAGUUUUAUGCUUUAGGCAACCGGAGAGCACAACUUAAGUAGUUGAAUUUAUAUUGACAUUGAAUAUUUAACUUUGAAUUGUUUCAAUUUUCUAUUGCUAGAUUUGGGUAACAAAAUGCAUUUUGUGGAUGAUAUUUUGACAGGUGUUAUGCAAUUGAGAUAUUCUAUCAAAACAAAGUAGACUCUACCAAAUUUUUUAGAAUAAUUUUUCUGUGGCAACAUAAGGUAAAUUUAGCCCACCUCAAAUUUAUUUCCUGGUUCCG